GCAAGCAUUAGAGAAGAUGGCCUUGAGGACAUUGCAGAACAAUGCCAUGAGCUUCACUGAGAAUCAGCAUGGCAACGUGAUUCUUGAGAAGUUGCGGCAGCAGCGGGAGGAAGAGAAAUUCUGUGAUGUGAUCCUGCUUGUGCAAGACAGGGAGUUCCCAGCUCAUCGCAAUGUCCUCAGUGCAUGUUCUGCAUACUUUGAAUCAGUGCUGAAGGUUAAUCGCAUUGUGAAGGAGCAGAUGCGAAUUACGUGUCUCAAGAGCAACAACCAUGAAGUGUUCACAUGUCUUCUAAAUUAUAUGUACACUGGGAGUGUUGUGAUUGAUAAGGAUAAUGUGGCUGAGCUCCUACGUCUUGCAAAUCACUUCCUCAUAUCCAAGGUCAAAAAUUAUUGUGCUGAAUAUUUGGACAGGUAUUUGAACAUAAGCAAUUGUCUUGGUGUGAAAGAGCUGGCUGACAAGUACCAAAUGCCAGCUUUGUCUCGGACAGCUAACGCUUUCAUGGUGACACAUUUUGAUCAGAUUCUCACCCAGGAAGAGAUACCCAACUUGAAUCUAUCUCAGCUGGAAAGGCUGAUAACAGAUGAGGCAGUGCAUUUGUCAACAGAGGAGCAACUCCGUCUGAUGAGUCACUGGGUUGGACAUGAUCCCUUGAAUCGGGAAAGGGAAAUGGGAACGUUACUGACAUAUGUAGACUGGCGAAAAGUGGAUCCCUCGUGGAUAACUCGUUACAUUGAAGAAGAGCGGCUCUUUCAGGAUAGCCAGAGGGCUCUAUACUUCCUCUUGCAGAGUCUUAUGCAUUCCAAUCUUCCCAUUGCAGCUCGUCUUCAGAAGAUCUUCCUCUCCCUCUAUUCCAAAGACUCCACUGAAGACCGGUAUGAGAAUUUCCUCAACCUGGCUGUCAGCUCAGCAAUUGGAGAUUUUCAAGAACCUGAUCACAGUGCCACGCAUAAGGCUAAGGUGUCCCUGGAGGACAUAGAGCUGUACAACUGUAGUGGUGUAGAUGGUGGGGAUGAGAGGCAACCCAAUCUUCAUGUCCUUCAUGCCCCUUUACCAGAAGACUUUGAUGCUCCUGUGAACCUGAAGACAGAGAGUCUGCUGAAAGAGCAGAAAUAUAAACUAGGGAAAGUCCGCAUGGCAACGACAUCCCCAUCUUCGAGUGAAAUUAAUUACCCCAUAUCAAAGGAAGAUCGCCGUGAUGAGAAUGGGCACUAUGACCAUUCUCACGUGUGGGUGGCACCACACCAAGGCAUAGAGACUGCAAAAAAUUCUGAACAAGUCCAUGAUACUCCCCAAGAGGACUUCUAUCCACCCUAUCAGAAUAACCACUAUAAUAAUAUCACUCCACCAGAAUGUGAGGAGUUGACUGUACCUCAGCGUCCUCCAGUGAGGAAGUCUCAAAUAAAAGAAAGAAGCAAGAAAAGCAGUUAUGCCUGUGACAAGUGCAGUUAUGCAGGCAGCAGCAAGGCCAGCUUUGAUGCUCACAUGAGGAAAGUCCACGAAAUAGAUGUCACCUACUCCUGCUUCCUCUGCUCAUUCACAUGUAAAUGGAGCAGAGAAUACUAUGCUCAUGUUCGGAAUCACUUCCCUGGACCUCCAUAUCACUGCCAAGCCUGUCGGUACUCGACAGAGCGAAUCCAAUACUUCAUAGCACACAGGAUGAAGCACACUGAUGAACGUCCCUAUAGCUGUCCAAACUGUGCUUAUCGAUCUCGGAGCAAGUUCAACUUGGAAUGCCACAUGAGGAGCCACAUGGGUCAGCACUAUGCAAAGCACAGUAACCUCCGUCCGUUCCUUUGUGAUAUCUGUGGCUUCUCUGCCAAGUAUCGCAACCACCUCGUCCAGCACAAGAAAACCCACACAGGAGAGGUGUUCAAGUGCCAAUUUGAGAACUGUCAUUAUUCAACACCACGUCGUGCCUUAUUUAUCUGCCACAUGAGACAACAUCUGGCCAUCCGUUCAUUCACAUGCUCCACAUGUGCCAGAGCCUUCGUGACAAAGGCACAUCUUGUGAGACAUGAGAAGACCCAUCGCAAGGAUCGUCCCUACACCUGUUCUCACUGUGACUUUGCCUCAGCACGUCUGGACAAGCUGAGGGAUCAUGUUUCUCGCCACCAUGGUGAAAAACCAACAGCUCGCACCCCCUACAAAUCUCGGAAGUCCCGAAAAUCUAGGCCCCCCAAGAUAUCAACACCUGUAGAAUACGAAACAAGAGGACCUGAGACGUAUGAAGUCCCCAUUGAAGACAUCACUGUCAUGGAAGAUAGCCAACAUCAGCACCAUGAUGAACACCAGCAGGAAUUGAAUUUGGAGCCACACUCACCAUCAACUCCUCCAGAGAAUUUGAGUUUGGCUCGACCCUCAUCACGGGCAGAAUAUGAUCACCGAGAUGCAAACAUUCUGAACUAUGGCCCUUUGGAUCCUCCUGGUCAUAUAACUGCAGUUGCAGAAAAUCCUCCUCAACAAAGUGCACAUGACUUCUCUGGUCUCAAUGCUCUCAUGUAUCUCCUAUGACUCAUUCCCAUAUUCCUUAUGUAAGAGUUCCACCACCUUGUAUCCUUGAUUCUCAAGAGCACAAGAGAACAUAGCUUGCGAACUUGAGAACAUAGAGAGCAUGCAUUUUGAAAAGCAAAAGCAACACAUUAGUUUGUUGCUUGUACCAGUGAAUCAGAACUUCAUGUUCAUGCAUGGUACUUAAUAAAAACCCCUAAUCAUUGGGUUAGUCUGACCACCAACUCUUCAGGCAUGGUUGCCAGAUCCAUUAUGCAUUCAAAAACUAUGCAAAUAUGCCUUCGUGAUAAAUCUAUGCUAGUGUGCAGUGAACCUGAAGAAUGCAAUAAGUCUUGGAAGAAGAGAUUUACUACAAAUGUGAGAAACUGAGAGUCCCUUCAGCUGGACAGAACUGUCACAUAAGAGUCUUUUGAGGGAAGAACAAGGAGAUAGGGAGGAAAAAAUGUGAAUGAUGGCCUAUAAGGGUUAUUCUCAUCCAGGGUAUUUUGAGUAUGGGAACAGCCCUGUGUGACAGAUGCAGAAACUGAGAUUCAAUGAGAGAAUAUUCUGAAUCCCAUAACCCAAUAUGAUUGCUUGACUAUAGUGACUACAAUACAUGCACUAUUCAUGCCCUAUCUCCUAUGAGUCAGCUUGAUUGGAGCAACUGCUGUCGUGUUGCUCUGAGCUGAGUGCGACAUCUAUAUGCAUACAUUGUAGUACAUAAAAUGCCGUCAAUUUAAGAACAUUUUUGACUGGGUAUGGAAUGCAUCAUGAAAAAAAGACCUGACAUCAAAUGAGUUAUGAAACCAGAUAUUUCCCUGCAAGUGUAUUUGCAGGAAGGAAUGUGAAAGGUGACUAGGCUAUUUGCUGUCACUGGUGUCCUGUCCAAUCAUCAAGAAAAUGAACGGAGACCCAGAAGACUGGAAGAUUUAUAUUAAACACCCUGAAAAGCUUGUCUUCCAAAUAAAGUGCACAAAUUAGC